UGUAGAUUCUCCGGAAAUUACACCGCCGCCAUAUUUGUGUUUCUUCGGCCUUUCUUUCUCGGGUUGUGCUAAACGUCAACAGCACACGUUCCGUGAGCGGAGAAUUUUUUCGUUCUAAAUCGAACAUAUAGCUUUAAAAAUGCCGCAGGAAAUUAAAGAAGUUAAAGAUUUCCUCAUCAAGGCUCGCCGGAAGGAUGCCCGUGCCGUCAAGAUAAAGAAGAACGAAAACAACACCAAGUUCAAGAUCCGCUGCUCCCGAUACUUGUACACGCUGGUAGUCCAGGAUAAGGAAAAGGCAGAAAAGCUAAAGCAGUCGCUGCCGCCUGGUCUACAGGUUAAGGAGGUCAAGUGAAUUCCUUAGUGAUUGUUUUCUGGAAUGUUUUGGAUACACGGUUCAAUUGUAUUAAGAUCGAGAACUAACAGCUGGUUUAUGUCAACCGAUUCCAAUAAUAAAUGCUGAUCAGGAGGAUGAAUUACCUGUAAAAUUCCAA